ACAGAAUAGAAAACAAAACGGCGACGGCAGGCAGGUAACGGCCGCAACUUUGUUUAAAUAAAUUAUAAUUUAAUAAAUUGUACCACAAGUUGCAUAACAAACAAUAUAAAUAAAUAGAAAUGGAUACGAGAAAUAUACAAAAAAGUCAGAAAAACAAGUUUUUAAAGCUAUCUCUAAAGAAAAAUAGGUUGAAAAAUGACCUAGAAUUUAAGAAUAUGAACCGAAGUUCUGAUGUUAUUAUUCUUGACGAGUCUUUUGAUAUACUUAAAACAGAAUUUACUAAAAAUGUACGGUCCCCAAAGAUUUACUCUCCGAUUGUUAUAAAUGAUUCAGAUUUAUCAAAUGAAAGUUUACCUAAAGUGGUAAUAAAUGACAAUGCGUCAUUCAACAGUUCAACAGGAGAAAUGUCUAUUACAGAAACAAGAGAUUGCCGUCCAAGUUUUGGGGGUUGGUCUCCGGCUCAAAACAUAAUAAAAGCCACCCCUAAAUACGAAGCCGUCCCUUCCACGCCCAAAGAUGUAGCCAAUGAAUCACUUGAACAGUGUUCGAUAAAAAAAAUUCAACAGUCACAAAAGAAAUUGCUUGACGACCUCUACGGAGAGACGUGGAAAUCCAUUCCUACACUUUUCAAAACCAUAACACAAAAUUACACAAAUUUCAAUGGUGUGACGAAAAAAUUGGAAUUUGACGAUGAGGACAGCGACAAGGAGAACAUAAGACAAGAUUUAAAAAAGAAUCGAGAACUUUAUCUAACUGGUACGGAUGCAAAACGAAAAGUUAUAGCAUUUGACUCUGAGAAAAAGUGCAAGAAGAAAUUGUACACAGAAAAGGUGCCCAGUACUCCAAUUCCUAGUACAAAGUCUGUAAAAACCCGUAAUGUAAAUAGCACAACAAAGAAAGCCAAAGGUAUGACUGUGACCGAAUUGGUUGCUAGCAUGAAGAAUGAUGUUGAUGAUCUGGCGAAAGAAGUGGAGAAAGUAUCUGUCAAUAAACCAAAGUAUGUUAGUAGUAAUAUUAGAGAUAUAUAUUUGACACCAACUGACAAUAGUGUGGAGAAAUUGAGUUUUAUGGGCUCUUUGGCAGACAAUGUCCCAACUUGGAGAUGCCACCCGGAUGCGUUCCGAUACAAGGAUAAUUACAAGUCGACUCGGGAAGAGCUAUGCAGGCGAUUGUUUGUGGAGUUUAACAAGACUGUCUUCGAUAAUGCGCUUGAGGAAGACAUGCCCAUAUUGUGGGACACUAAGUUGAGGAGUACUGCUGGGACGACCACGAACCGCCUGGUGAAGACGUCGUCGGGCGUGCGCCGGCGCACGUCCAGCAUCAAGCUGUCGCUGAAGGUGCUGGACGCGCCGCAGCGGCUGCGGGACACGCUCGUGCACGAGCUGUGCCACGCCGCCGUCUGGCUUGUGGACGGCGCGCUGCGUGCGGGACACGGGCCUCUGUGGAGGAAGUGGGCGACGCACGCGCUGCGCAAGUUUCCGGAGCUGGGCGAGAUAUCGCGAUGUCACGACAUGCAGAUACACUUCAAAUACACGUAUAAGUGCACCAAAUGUGGAUACAGCAUACCCCGCCACUCAAAAUCCAUAGACAUAACUAAAAAGUGCUGCGGCUAUUGCCGGGGCACCUUCGAGCUGAUCAUAAACAAGAAGACCAAGGAGGGGUUGGUCGUAUCCACACCCGCCAGAAAAGGGGGGGCUAAUGAAUUUGCCAAGUUUGUUAAAGAGAACUACGGUCAGGUCAAACAAGGUAAAACACAUGCGGAAGUAAUGAAGUUAUUAGGAGAACAAUUUGCAGCGAAGAAAAAAUUGGGAACACCUGUUUGUGUUGAUUCAUGAUAUUAAACCCUUAUCGAACACUCAACCUAACUAAUAUUAUAAAUGUGAAAAUAUUAAGUUUGUUUGUUACCUCUCCACGCUCGAUCUACUCGACCUAUCUUCUUGAAAUUUUGCAUACAUGUAGUUUGAAGUCUGGAGAAGGACAUGGGGUACACCUUUCAUUCUGGAAAAAUAACUGUUCCCGUGGGAAAUUUACGCUAAGCCGCGGGCAGCUAGUCUAUAUCUAUACUAUUAUAUAAAGAGGUAAGCGUUUGUGAGUUUGUAUGUAUGAGGCGGGUAAGCUCCGAAACUACCGAAUCGAUUUCAAAAAUUCUUUCACCUUUAGAAGGGUUCAUUAUCCAAGAUUGUUAUAGGCUAUAUUUUAUCUCAAAAUUCCCACGGGAGCGAGGCGUUCAUUUGAAGAAAUCAACGUACAGUGCUUGCUAUUGUCAGGUGUAAAUGUAUAACCCAUAUUAAAACUACGUAAUGUAUAUCGAUCAUGUGCAAAAACAAACUAAUAGCCAUGUGAAAAGACAACAUUUAGACUUGUACAAAACUGUUGGAAAAUCUUAUAUCUAUGUAUAUGCAUACCUAUUGCACAUAUAUUAUGCAAUUUGGAUUUACACGCUACGCCGUUGUCAAAAUCAUAGCUGUAUAUAUAACUAUAUACUAUAACUAAUAAAACUGCAAAUAUUCCUUGAUUAUGGUCAAAAUUGAUUAGGAAAUUCAAACUUUUGUUUGAUCUGUUCAAAUUCAAAUUUGUUUAUUUUGUGAACAUAGGUAAUAUAUAUGUAUAGUUAUAACAUACACUAUGCCUCGCCACUGGGCAUACAAAAUUAAAUUAGAAAAAUUGAAGAAUGUACUUGCACUAACAAAAAUUAUUUGAAGUUAUAUUCAUGUAGGUAUAUAUGUUACCGGCCAAACCCGAUUCCAGGAGAAACUAGUUUUGCCUAGGCUAAACUAAUUCUUCCUACAUGCGUUAGGAUAAACUUGUAUAACCUAGGCUAAAGCAGUUCGUCCUAAGCCCGAUAGGAUAAACCAGUUUAGCGCGAGCUAUUACUAGGUUAUCCUAAUAGAAAUACACACUCACAGGAUAAACUGGCAUAGCCUAGUCUAAACAUUAUAGAAUAUCUAGAAAGACAAAAUAAAUAGGUAAAUUUAAUAAAAUACUAUUUAAUUAAGCUUGUUGGACUAGGCUAAAUUAAUUUAGACUAGGUCAUUGCUGUUUAAGCUGAGUGUGUUUAUUUCUAUCAGGAGAAACUGUUUGGCCUAGGAUAAACUCAUUUUUCCUACAUGCGAUAGGGCGAACUAGUAUAGCCUAGGCUAUCUUAUCGCAUGUAGGAAGAAUUAGUUUGGCCUAGGCAAAACUAGUUUUAACGACUUCAGUGGCGCAGUGGUAAAAUUCUUGCCACUGAACCGAGAGGUCCCGGGUUCGAUCCCCGAUCGGGACAAGAUGGAAAAUGAUCUUUUUCUGAUUGGCCCGGAUCUUGGAUGUUUAUCUAUAUAUGUAUUUGUUAUAAAAUAUAGUAUCGUUGAGUUAGUAUUCCAUAACACAAGUCUCGAACUUACUUUGGGGCUAGCUCAAUCUGUGUGAUUUGUCCUAAUAUAUUUAUCCUGAAACCGGAUUUAGCCUGUAACAUAUAUAAUAUACUCGUAUAUAUUAUGCCAAAAGGCAAUCUACAUCUUCAACAGUGAAUAUAAUACAAGUGAUGUAAUUAAAUAUUUCUAGAAAAUGUAUUUACUUUUAGAAAAUAUUAUUUAAUUUGGAAGGUAAGUAUUAUGUUUUUUAAUGAUUUAAUAGUAAUAUUAAUGCAAAGACUGAGAUUGACUAUUGUACAGGUUACAAUAAAUUUUAUAGAUUUUAAAUGCUUGCAUGAGUGUAAUAAGCAAUACUGGGAGGUUACACGAAGUAAACUGUAUUUUAUAAUAAUUUGUAUACUUAACAAAUGAAUAUAUAGAAUUUUAAUAUUAUGUCAAAUAUUUAAAAUAUAUUGUGGAUAUACUUGUACAUCAAUUUGUUGACACAUUUGUACAAUUUUCAUGCGAGAUUUUUAUGUUUUUUGGUAAUAAAUUGCACAUACAUUAAUUUGUUUUAAAAAUGUUUUCUGUGAGUGUUUGAUUAGUUACUAGUAUAUUUUGUUAGUGUCCUAGUUGUAUUGUGUACAAUGAUUAGUUUAAUUUUAAUAAUAUAUUUUUGUGAAGUAAA